AUGAAUGGAACUGGGGAAAGGGAAGAAGGCAACGGCAGGUUAGGAAGCUUCUACGCAUACAAGAAUACUUUCAACGAGAAUAAUACUUGGGUGGAUGUACCGAGAACAGUCACCUUUCUCAAUAUCACCGAUCCAUAUAACAUGGAGCCAACUCCUGAACCUGAUCGCCCUGGCUCUGUUACAGUCAUCUCCCCUCGAGCAGAAGAAAAAGCUUCGGAAACCUUUUUCAGUAUACCAUAUGAUCAAGCUCCGGGUUUGGAAGCAUUAUCAGCGGCAGCAACAAGUACUUUCCAGUAUAUACAACCCUCGCCAGAAUAUCCACAGACUUCACCACACCAGUCCAACAAGUUGAACUUCAUUCUGAAUCCAACAAGACCAGAGAGUUCUUUGGGCUAUGCUUCUCCAGCUAUUGAUCCACACCUAAUUGGUUCCUCACAAGUCCCUGACGAGACACCUCCUGUCGAUGAACAUGAAGUCGCAUUUUUACUUCGACAUUUUGGGGAGACCGCUGGCCAAUGGAUGGACCUUUUCGAUCUCGGUUGCUAUUUUGCUCACCACGUCCCUGUUCAAGCAAAGACCAACCCAUUGCUCAGAUAUUCAGCCUGCGCUUAUGCCGCGAAACAAUUGGGCCAGGUUCGUGGUAAAAAAGCCGUUGUCGGAGGAACUGCCAGCAAGCAAGCUGACAUGGAGCUCUACCCCCGGGCUGAGUCUGCCAACUGGCCCUACAUCGGAGCCAAGUAUUACGACAGAGCCAUCUCGCUCCUCAUGGAGGAACUGUCAAACUCUCGGGGCCAAGGAACUCCUAUCACCCCGAUGAACGGUGAGGAUGCGUUCAGCCCUGCAAGCGUUCAAUCAUCACACGGAGGUCAACUAACACCAGGAAUCAAGCGACGAAGGUUGACACGACCUCCCAGUUCGAGCCACGCGGAUGAGACUCUAGCUGCGGGUGCGAUACUAUGUGUUUAUGAAUUCCUUGACCACGCUAAUACCGCCUGGUCAAGGCAUCUAAGCGGGACGAAAUCUUUAUUCGAUCUCGCAGAAAAAGAAGGAAUGAUGCCUGUACAAUCACCGACAAGCCCAGGAGCGAUAUCCGAACGUAUCAGACCGUCCAGAGCUCGAAAGGCUGCAUUCUGGAACUUUGCUCGCCAAGACUUCCUAGCUGCAUUCAUCAAUGAAUGCCAGACUCGACUUAACACGAAUGACGUCUCUAUCUGGAAAGCUGCUGGACUUCAACUAGACGAACAAGGGUUUGUUCUUCCCAGCAAUACCGAGGACUCGCACUUCCCGGAAAGACAAGCUGUCAUGCGUGAAGACAUGAUCUCUAAUGCCCUGAUCUGGCUGAUGUCCAAGAUCAUAAACUACAUUGCGUCUGGUGACUCGGUUGAUCAUGUCUUCCCACAGGACCCGGCAAGCCCGUCUGGUCUCAUCGGAAUCAAUCAAAUGGUAAUAUUGGAGAGGUGGAAAGAAUUGGAGAAAGAACUUGAGAUAUGGCAUCAUGGGCUUCCGGAGACUUUUAAGCCCUGCGCCCGUCUACCCCCUGUCACCGAUGGGAGUCUUUCUCCCAAUUCUGCAAGAGCCAUUUUCAGUGAGAUAUGGUAUUCUAUUCCAAUGUGUGCUUCCACAAUGCAGUCAUAUCAUAUGGCCCGAACGAUUCUUCUCGUCAACAGACCUCACGAAUCUACGGCCCGUCGCAGUACAUUAUCGGACCGGAUCCGCUCAUAUCGGGAAAUCGAAAAGGAGGUUCGUUUUCAUGUGCAUGAGAUUUGUGGGAUUGCAUUGGCUCGACCCGAGGGAAGUGUCAGAAUUCAUCAAGUGCAGCCGCUCUUUGUGGCAGGCCAGUGCCUUAUAGAGGACCGUGAACGACAAGUCGUGCUUGACCUCCUUCGUGGAAUUGAGAAAGAUUUAGGCUGGGCUACAGACUACCGUGUCAAGAAACUAUUGACAGAAUGGGGAUGGCAAGAGCCGAGUUGA